CCAGCUUCCAUUUAUUUUAUCCACUCCGGAGUGGAGGCCUUGAAGCGCUAGGCGGGGGCCUAGUGGCAUUGCCUGACUCUAGACGGCAGCUCACACUCGAGCACGAGAUAUAUCUCUUGUCUCUCUCCUGUAUCCUGAAUAUCCUGGCUGAUAUAUCCUGGCGGCUAUAUCACCUGCACAUAUUAAAUUUGUCAGGCGCUAAGCUUGGCAAGGUUUGAAGCCUGUGCGCCAAUGUCGACACGAAAGGCAAACAAGAUGAGCGUGGUGUCAACAAUAGUCCUCGAGGGGAACCAACAGAUCAAAGCAAAAAAGGCCAUGCGCGUGAUGCGAAGCAGUCUGAACAAAGCUCUAGAAGUGUCGGACGCGGUUGUGUUGGUGCCCGAAGAAUCUGAUGUCGGCGAGGGCGAGAAACUUGCGGUGCCCGACGAGUACGUACUACCCGAUCGCAUCAAGAAGCUGUUUAAGCCGUACAGGGGUGAUCUCUUUUCAAGCAGCGCGCUCGCCGCGCACUCACCUGGUGAUAAUUCUGGCGGUCUAUUGUAUUUAUCUCGCAUGAAUCCAGACGCAGACCCGAAUAAGGGUCGUCGCAAGCGCAUGAUGCCAGAACGUCAAAAGGAUGAAGAAAGGACGAAGGAAGAUGGAACACAGGUAGCUUAUAGCCAGGAGUUUGUUGCCUAUCGCUCAAAUAAAUUGCGUCGUUUCGCCGUUUCUCUCGCGACAUUGUCGACCAAUGGCUUAGAGCGGAGAUCUCUGGUAGCGGAUGGUGCAGUACAUGCCCUAGUGGCCUUGUGUCGUGAGGAAGAUCCCAUCACGAAGAUGUCUUGUGCCAUGGCACUGCGCAAUCUUGCAAAUGAAAAAGACCUGAGACAAACGAUGCUCGACGCCGGUGCAGCAGCCGCAAUUGUGUCGUUGACAGCCGCUCCUGAUCCUGAGAUUCAGAAUCAUUGUGCUGUAUCUCUAGUCAAUCUGUCAUCUGUCUGUGGAGGGGAGGCGGCUAUCGUGCAAGCUUCCGCAGUGCCCGCAUUGCUCAACAUGGCAUCAGCAUCAAUUCACGCAAUGGAGACCAUUCUUCUCACUCUGUGCAACCUGAGCUGCGUUGAGGACAUGUAUUCUCACAUCGAGGAUUUGAACAGCGCUAUUGUUCAGCUAUCUAAUUUCAGCAUGUCAGGUCGAAUGGAACAGAUGCUGGUAGGCUGCCUCUGUAAUCUAAGCUGUCUUAAGAACAACCAGGGGCGUUUGGUAGAAGAGGGUGCUGUGCGCAUUGUGAAUAGAAUUUUUCGCGCAGCUGUGGCUGGCAGACCAUGGGUUAAACCAGGUCGAGAUCAAGUGCUGCAUGAGACCACGCUCCUCUGCGCAAAGACACUUAGCAACUUGAGUUCGUGUUCGCGAUCACGAUCAAAGAUGACCGCACAGCGUGUUAUAAUUGUCCUACUUGACAUGGCAAAGCUCGCAGACGAAGACAUCAAGCAAUCCUGCGCCUUGACCAUCACUCGGCUUGCCAUGGAUGUGAGCUGCUGCGAGAAGAUAAUUCACCAAGGCGCAAUGACCGCGAUCGUAACUAUGUCACAGUGUGGGUCGAAAGACAUUAUCACCGGCCGGCUUUGCGCUGCGGCCCUCCGCCAGCUAUGCAUAACAGGCUUUGAGAAUCAUCUCUUCGAAAAAAUGCCUAGAGCACAGAUUAAAGAUGCAGUCAAGGCCGUGAUAUCCCUCAUUGGGCCUGACACGCGCACGAAUCAAAACUGUUCGCGUACAAUUUAUAGCCUCUUUCAAACUGAACUUGUUGAUACAAUGAUAAAUGAUGGUGCAUUAGAUGCGAUCGUCACACUGUCAGGCUCGCGCGAUUCGACGAUCGUUAUGUGGUGCAGUCGUGCCCUUUAUCACCUCAGUUGCUUCAAAACACACGCAGCGGUGAUGCUGGAACAUGGUUGCCAACAAGCGCUUUGUGAUCUCUGUGAUACUCACUACCCAGACGCAAUUGUGCGACGUUCUGCGGCCACCCUUUGGAACCUAACACGUGCAACUAGCGAUAACAUUGACGCCACCGCACUCAUUCCUGCGCUCAUUGACCUCCUUGCUAGAGAAGAAGCAGCACCAGAGUUAGCCCUCGUGAAGUCACCAUCCUUUUCAGGAGCCGCGCUUUCGGCAUCGGGGUCCAACACCAAGGCGUAUGCGAUUGGCGCCCUCGCACAGCUGGCUUAUUCAUCAGCUAAUUGCCGACGCAUGCUGGCUGCAGGUGCAUUGAUGCCUAUUGUUGAGCUUUCUCGGUCUGGGAAUCUGAUCACGCGAAUCCAGUGCGGUGCCAUCCUCUCCCGAUUUUCAUUCCAAGCAGCAUAUCGAGCGCAUAUGCUCAGCGAACAGCGCCUCUCCGAGCAGUUCCUGGAUGCGCUUCUCGACUUGAGCACUCUCGAGGACUGCCCAACCCAGCAGCGGUUCAUUCACGCCGUGGUUAAUAUGUCCUAUGAGCCGAAUGCUCGCCGUCUCAUGUUAACAAAUGGUGUGCUUCGUGUCCUGGUCGACCUGUCCAACAAGCCCGAUGAGCAGAUCAGGAGGGGUUGUGCGGCGACAUUUUGUAAUAUUGCUGCUGAUGAAGGAUCUGAAGAGCUCGUCCUCCAAGCAAAUGCAGUACCCGCACUUUUGAUAAUUGCACUUGUCUCAAGUGACCGCCCAGAAACGAAGGAAAUCUGCGCUGCGGCACUUUGCAAUCUUCUCCAUAGUGAGUCUACGCAUCAAUCCAUGGUCAAUGAUGGUGUUAUCUGGGGUCUGGCAAAGCUGGGUAUUGCCAAACUACACAUCCAUCUCAUACUUGCUCUCCCCUCGGCUAUGAAAGUGGUUCGAGCAAUGAUGCAGUCGAAAGUUGCCACCACACGAAGCGUAGCCGCUCGCACUCUACUCAAUUUUCUGAUCAAACUUCCAACUCUGGAAGCAUCCAAUAUUGACCACGAGGCGACAAAGUUUAGCAUCUUCAAGAUGACAGAGCAGCUCGGUAGCACUGAUGAAGGCCUGACUCGGAUUCGGCUCCUCGCACUCUGUCUGCUUUCACAAUCUGCGCCUGAACUUAUUACAACGCAAGGUAUCCUCCCCCCCCUGGACGCGAGGUCGGCAUGUGCUGACCCCCAGUCUGCACUCGCAUAUGCCCACCUUUGUUGCAACCUCGCAAUGUCGCCAUCAACGGACAAUGCGACAAUCGCAAGUCACGCACCAGCCUUGGCACAGCUCCUUGAGAUCCCCAACAUCAAUGGACACUAUCGUCUGGAGCUAGCGCGCUGGGUCUAUUGUGUGACAAGCAGGAUUGAUGCUGCAGAGACUCUAAUGACCAAAAAUAUCAUGAAUAUCAUAUUCGCCCUUGCAUCUACCGCCACGCUCAUUCCAUUCUGCGUCACCGCGCUCUACAAUCUGUCCGUAGAGGCCAAUGUUCAGGCAUCUCUGGUACAACAAGGUGCCAUUGAGUUCACUGUCGACCACUGGGCGAUGAUGGGUGAAUCUGAGCGCCUCCUAGCAGCACUCAUGGCCUGUAAUCUAGCGUGUGGUGAGGUCAAUACGGCAAGAAUUGUGAAGUCAGGCGGAUCGAUGGUCAUUUCUUACCUCGCUUCCCCAGACUCUUCACCAUUUCAGUGUCGUUGCUGUGCAAUAGCACUGCGAAAUCUCGUCCGCGUUGCUGCGAAUCAGCGCCCAAUGGCUGCCUCUGGUGCAAUAGACACUCUCGUCGCGCUUGCGGCGCUUGACGAUCCACUGACAACGCAGCAUUGUGCAUCUGCGCUUCGCAUCUUUACUUACAACAAGACUACUCGUGAAGUGCUGGUCAAGUCAGGUGCCAUAUCUGUCAUCCUCGCAGACUCCCAGGGAAGUACAGGCACUGGCGAUGACCUUCAAUUGUCUCACUCACUUCUUUGCAAGGUCGAAACAGAGUCUUGGAAAAAUGGUAGCAGAAGUGGACAGCAGGAGGGUCGUACCCGGCUCCCGGCGCCCCCAGUCCUUAUUGAAAGCGCACAUUUGAUCUGCAAGACACCCACGCAAUUGCAUUUUGGUCUUACAAAAUCUGAAGGCUGGAAGAUGCCUGCUGAGAUUGAGAUGGAUGAGCCGGAACUUGACCCCAAGCAACGAGCUGAUUCAAUGAAGGAUGCCGACGAUGACUGCCUGCCCAGGUGGUUAUUGAACAACGUGGAUGUUGAGUUGGAAACUCAAUUAUGUGUUUAUCCAAAACGAGAGUACGCAGAACCUCGAGGACUCGAACCCAAUUGUGACGGUGAUGCUUCUUUGGCGCCAAAGAUUCGCACAGAUGUUGACCUGCCACUGCCAUCACAACUCGAGACACUAGAGGAUGAAGGUGAGGGGGGGGCGCGUGCUGAUCAAGAAAUUGCCAGAAAAAUGGGUGGUAUUGAAUACCAUGAGAAUGCAACGCUCUCAUCAAAGCAAAGCAACCAUAUGACUGGCACUGUCUCAAGCCACAUAUCGACCGGACGUGUAGCGUCAAAAUCUUCCCACGAUACAAGUACUUCUCAGAUCAAAGGCGAUACUGUUCUUUUAUCCAGGGAAAGCCCCGGAGGCCACGCCAAUGAUAGGUCAGCUGCCUGCUUUGACUCGACUGGCAUAGUUCAAGGAAGUGGAUGUGAGAAUGGAGAUGGGAGGCUCCAGCUGCCACGGUUAUCUGGCCAUCCAGGUGCUCGCAGCGGGCUAUCCAAGGUCGCAGACUCCAGUCUCCGGCGCACCGCCAAGUUUGCACCUCGGGCAAUCUAA